AUGGCGUGCAAGACCCGCCUUUCAGCGGCGCUAGCAAUCACCUUGUUGCUGGCGGCCGCCAGCUGGCAGACGACGUCAGCCCAGGCCAUUGUGAGUGACGUGUGCGCCACUCCCUCCACGACAGUUCUCAAGGCCAACGCGUCGACUGUCACCCGCGGGGUGUUCAGUCCCACCAUCGCGCCUGUUGCCCACAUCCAGAGUGGCGAGAUCAUCAUCGGCGAGUGCGUCACCCAGCGUGGGAGCAACGACUAUGCCAAGCUGAUCAAGGGCGAUCCCGGCGUUGAGGACAUUUUCUUCCAGGCUACCGGCUCCAACCGGUCCAACAGCUACAAUGUCCAGGCCGGGAACGGGGGGCACAUCCUGACUGGGCCCAUCCAGGUUUGCGGUGCCAAGGCGGGAGACGUCCUUAAGGUGGAGAUCCUGGCGCUCGAUCCCCGCAAGAACCCCUCCACGGGCAAGUGCUACGGCGCCAACACGCAGGGAACCUCGGGUUAUCCCGCUCAGGUGACCAACACGUCCGGCGUCAAUUUCACCGACUCCGCCAUCAUCAUCUAUGACGUCAUCGCCGAUGAGACCGGCCAGUGGGGCUAUCCAGUGUACCAGUUCAUGGUGCCCAGCACGGUAAUUGGCCCCGAUGGCAAGACCGGCGGCCAGGUUUACCCGCACCCGGUUAACUACGGAGUGCCCGGCGCGAACGGCGCCUUUGACCCGUCGCAUCUGGGCUUCCUGAAACGUCUCGCGCCCGCGAACGCGCUCGACUACGGCAAGAACUCCACGUCCCCCAUCAUCGGCGCGUCGAGCGGCCCCCCCAGCAACUUCGGCGGCAACAUCGACAACUGGAGGAUCGGCGCCGGUGUCACCAUCUACUACAAGGUGCAAGUCGACGGAGGGCUGCUGUCAUUCGGCGAUUGCCACGCCGCCGAGGGCGACUCCGAGCUUUCCGGCAACGCCAUCGAGGCGUCCCUGACCGGAACUUUCCGCAUCACCACCCUUCCGGAGGCGACUCUGCCUGCCGCCCUCAAAAACAUGAAGGCGCCCGUUAUGGAAACCAAGGACUACAUUCUGGUGCACGGGUUCGCCUACAACGACUACAUCUCGGAGCUGACCAAGCCCAGGUAA